AUGGCAGCUAAGAACUCCGUCCCAAGCGACGAUGGCACCUACACGGCCUUUUUCUACGGCACUCUGAUGGCCCCGGAAGUCUUCUACUCCGUCUGCUACGGCCGCAAAGAAGUUCCCCCCUCCAUCGCCGCCCAGCACACCUUCCAACCCGCCCUCCUGCACAACUACUGCCGGCGCCGCGUGCGGUACGCCGACUACCCGGGCAUCAUCGAGGACCCGCGGCACGACGUCUUUGGCAUCCUAGCCACGGGGCUCACGCGGGCCAAUAUGCAAAAACUGGACUACUUUGAGGGCAGCCAGUAUGAGCGCCGGAAGGUGAAGGUUUCGUUGUUGGAUAAGGUUGGGGAUGCGCAUGGGGAGGGGAAUGUGGAGGGGGAGGAGAGGGAGACGGAGGUGUAUGUGUUUUUGGAGGAGAGGGAUUUGGAGUCGAAGGAGUGGGACCUGGAGGAGUUCCGCCGCGACAAGAUGAAGUACUGGACCCGGGCGGGCCAUACGUUUGAUGACUGCGACCCGGACAACCCGGCGAAGGUGGAGGGUAGCACUUGA